UUUGGCUUUCCUCAUAAUUCAUACUGUCUCGUACGUUCUCUCUCUAUCUCUAUUAAGUUGUAACUCUAUUUAUCACUCAGAUAUUUGAGAAGGCUUUGAAAGAUGGUGCUUUUGGGACUUCUCAUGGUGGGAUUUCUUUCUCUGGGUUCAUUUGUCUCAGCUUCUGGUUAUGGUUGGAUGGAUGCUCAUGCAACCUUCUAUGGAGGGGGUGAUGCCUCAGGCACCAUGGGUGGAGCAUGUGGAUAUGGGAACUUGUACAGCCAGGGCUAUGGAACAAACACUGCUGCUUUGAGCACAGCUUUGUUCAACAAUGGUUUAAGCUGUGGGGCAUGUUUUGAGAUAAAGUGUGUUAACGACCAAAGGUGGUGCCUUCCACGCUCAGUUAUUGUCACUGCAACCAAUUUCUGUCCCCCAAACAAUGCACUCCCUAAUAAUGCAGGUGGAUGGUGUAACCCUCCCCUUCACCACUUCGACCUUUCCCAACCUAUUUUCCAACAAAUUGCUCAAUACAAAGCUGGAAUAGUACCCGUGGCUUACCGAAGGGUCCCUUGCCGAAAGAGAGAGGGCAUCAGAUUCACCAUCAACGGUCACUCAUACUUCAACCUAGUCCUAAUUUCCAACGUUGGAGGUGCAGGUGAUGUUCACGCAGUUUCCAUCAAAGGAUCAAGAACAAAUUGGCAACCAAUGACCAGAAACUGGGGUCAGAACUGGCAAAGCAACGCCUAUCUCAACGGACAAAGCCUCUCCUUCAAGGUCACCACUAGCGACGGACACACCGUGGUCUCUAAUAAUGUUGCACCCUCAAGCUGGUCCUUUGGCCAAACCUUCAAUGGCCACCAAUUCAUUUAAGAAAACAACAUAGACCCUUUUACAUUUAGUAGCUAAAAAUUGUUGUAUUUGUGAUUAUACUUAGUGGUACAAUAGAUGUGUUGGUAUAUAGAAGAAAAAAUUAAGUAAUAUGAUAUAGGAGUUGAGUCAUGGAUGGGGCUUAUUUUAGGAUGGUCCUUUUUCCUUGUAAUUUGAAUUGUGUUUUGUGAGGAAUUUUGUUCUGCCUAGCAUUUGAAAAAGGCAGAGAUGGUUUAAUUAGGGGGCAGGGGUGGAUGUUUAAGGUUUACCACCCGCCAAUUUCGUUUGUUGUGUGGUUCGUGUUAUGUUAUCCACAAUUGGAAAAUGAAAAAAAAAGUGAUAUUUUCUAGCUUAGCGAAUGAGAAUAGAAUAGGAAAGAGACAAGCGUUUUUGCUUCUAUAGGAAGUCAUUAAUGUCUUGAACUUCAUGUAGUUUAGUGAGUGUAAAAGUGAAUUGUAUGACAUGUAAGGAAUAAAAUUACUCUCCUCAUUAGUUCAAA